AUGACCAAUAAAUCAUCUCAAGUUCGUAAUUAUUUCAAAUUAGACUUAUUAAUUGCACGAUCACGCGUUUCACUUAUUCAUUUAUUUAAAAAUCGUUAUUUAUUAUUCAACAAUGGUCAAGUAUGGAAUGAUUCACCAACAUGUGGAAAAAAUGAUUUAACCAAUGUGAUUGCAAAAACCAAGAAAAUUAGUUUAACACCUGUACAAAAGACAUCUGUUUCUAAUGGAAAUUCAGAUGAAUGGGAUGUAACAACUUUAACUAAUCUUCUAUUAUUUAUUGAUCGUCCAAAAACAUUAAGCACAAGUGAAAUACAACAACUUGAUCAAGAAGAUAAACUUUUGCAACAAUUAAAAGAAAUUCGAAAUGAAUUAGCUCAUAAUGCAACAAAAUCUGUUGAUUAUGUGCAAUUCAAUCAAAUAUGGACUGAUUUAUCAGCAAUUCUUGUUACAUUUGGUGAUGUUGACACAGAAUUAGAUAAACUAAAGGAUGAUAGUGUGUUUGAAUCCCCUAAACAACCAAUAAAUGAAGAAAAUAUGAAAGAAGCAUCACGUUUAAAUUCACUGGGUACACAAGCUCAUAAAGAUGGAAAGUAUUCUGAAGCAGUUACAUUCUUUACUAAAGCAAUAGUUUUACCAGGUGUUUCAAAUCAUGAUCGAGCCAUUUUUUAUUCGAAUAUGGCCGCGAGUCGUUUAUCAUUGCACGAACAACAGGAAACUUCUUCCAUCGAAUUUGAAUAUAUUGAUCCAAAAGAUGAACGAUAUCGCGCAUUGCAAGAUGCUAAACAAGCAAGAAAUCUUUGGUCAACAUGGUGGAAAGGACAUUUUCGUGUUGGAAAAGUCCAUGCUGCUUUAGAUGACCAUGAAAAAGCAAUUAAUUCAUUUGAACGAGCAUUUACACUUGAUCCUACGAGAAAAGAGAUUCAAGAAGCAAUGGAUGAAAGUCGUAUAAUGUUAAAUCGACAAUCGCAACAAGAAUAUCUAGAUCCAAAACUGUACACGAAAACAAUUCCUGAAAUUUUGAAUGAAUUUCAACAAAAAUUUGGUAUAGAUCCAGAAAUGGUACGAAAAUAUGAUAGUUUAAUCGAAGAAAUAGAUCCAUCACGAGCUGACGUACUAAAAGGACAUAGAUAUGAACUUGGAGAUAUUGAUGCUAAACAAGACUAUGAACAAGCUGCUAAAUAUUUUGCUAAAGCAGCAAGUGAGGGCAACGCCGAAGGAAUGUGCAAUUUAGCUCGAUUAACUGAUCGUGGCUUAGGUGUAAAGAAAGAUCAUAAUUUGGCUCUCAAAUUACUUGAGCAAGCAGCCGCGCAACCACCACAAAAUCCCAUAUUUAAACAGUUUCCAAAUGUUGGUGUCGCCGAAGCUGAACAUGCUUUAGGAGUUAGAUACUUCGAAGGCAUUUCCGUUCGCAAGGAUCUAUCAGCAGCUGCCUACUGGUAUCAACGUGCCACUGAUCAUGGAAGUGCUCUGGCUGCUAACAAUUUAGGUUCAAUGUAUCUGGAUGGCCUUGCGGUUGACAAAGAUCUUGAAAAAGCUGAGCAAUUAUUGGAAUUGGCAGCAAGAAGGGGAAAUCCACUUGCUAUGCAGACUUUAGCAGAACUUUUGUUGUCUAAAAAUAAUUUCCAAAUGGCGCAAAUUUGGUACAGCCGAGCAUGUGAAGCAGGCAAUGUUGUAGCUCAACAGAAUCGUGAUCAGUUUGCCAAAACAAUAGAAAAAAGGCAACAACGUAUGAGUCAAUGUUCAUCGAAUGAAUUGGAGGUAGUUAAUGCAAUCGAAUACUUUUCUAGCUUAUGCAAUCCUAAAAAUGUUCCAUCGGUAGCGUCGGAUCGUUCAUACAUAGAAGAUUAUAAAGUGUUAAAAGAACAUGCCAGUCGUGGUUCAAUAACCGCUAAACAACUUUGUGAUGCUUUGGACCAUUUUGUACAAGCGCUAAACAUACUCUUGUCUUUUGAAAGUUUAACAAAAGAACAAGAAGACAAGUUUAUUCAUGAACUUUCACAAUGCUAUCGUAUUGAACCUAUUGUAGCUCAGAUUCCAUGUCAAAUGCAUAAAAGAGUUAGCGAAGUGAUUGAUCGAGUACUUUGCCGAUGCACUAAAGAAUCGAAUUCUGUUCCUUCGCAAGUCGAUGAAAAUGUUCGAUUAUGUUACGCUACAUUAAAUAUGAAUUCAUUUGAAUUAAUUGAUCAAUUUCUUACUUCUUGUAAACAAGAGUAUCCAAAAUCAAUCUAUUUCUUUCUAUUAAGCGGGGCAGUCAAUGGGUUUCUACGUCGGUCUGACGUUGGUUUGUAUAAUAUUAAUAGUGGACUUGAGAUAGAACCAGAUAAUUGCGAGCUUUUGUAUCAUAAAGCUGUUCUGUUGCGUCACUUGGCUAUGAAUAUGAAUAUGGAUAUGGAUGAAGCGAUCAAAGCCUAUCAAACAUUUCUUAGAGUUGCUCCAAAAGAUCAUCGCAAAGUUCCCGAAGUAUAUUAUGAAAUGGCUAUCUGCUAUGUUCAAGGUUACACGCCUGAAGUUGCAGCUCCCUGGGUCAAAAAGCUAUAUACGGAAGGUCAACAGGCAGAGAAAUUACAAUUACCAUGUUUUUUGCCUUAUAAGUCAUGUAAUAUUGCAUAUUUAAAGCCCAUGUUUGAUAUGGAAUUUGUACAAAAUAUAAAAUCAGUUUCUGAUAAUAAUCGCAAACAACGUCUUACUGAUCCUCAUAGAGUGGAAGUUAUUCAAAAGCAUCGCGAAUGGGAGGGCAACACAUUACAAGAAAAAAAUAAUCCAAGUUAUACGGUUAUCUCUACCACUCUCAAACCUCGAGUUAAACAGCAAACAGCCAAAUCAUUAAUUGGUUUGAAACCAAUUACAUUAAGAGAAAUAGAUCCAACAAAAGAUCAAGUUUAUAAUGGAUAUGUACUUUCUGUAACAAUAAUUGAAGAAGCAUACUCAUGGACUCCAUCAAUUCACCUAGUAAUCGAAGAUGAAAAUUUUGAUUGUGAGCGAAUGCUCAUUUAUAAUUUUCCUGAAGAACAAGGUGAAUACUUAAUUAGUAAAUUGUAUACUAUUGGAAGUAAAAUGCAUAUUAUCAAUCCAUAUUUACGAAUAGGAGCCGGAGAUAUGAAACCAACAGUUCGUGUUGAUGACUUUUCUUCUAUUGUAAUGCAAAGUGAAUCUGAAUGGAUAUUGAAUAUGUGUCGAUAUUGUUGCGAAGCAAAUGCAUCUAAGGUUUGUAGCAAAUGUCAACAAGCUCAUUAUUGUUCAAAAGAAUGUCAAAUCAAUGACUGGAAAUUAUACAAACAUAAACUUAUAUGUAAAAAUGAAUGA